AUGCCUUUACGCUGCCGACCACCCACCGCCUUUCGCCGGUGGGUGGUCGGUCCCACCACUAAUACACUCCAUGUUUUCCCGAGUCCCCAAAGCCAAGCGAAGUUGCCCCGCAGUCUGGCCACCAGGAACCAUAUCAUCACCGGCCCGGUGACAUUGGCAGUACUUGGGGACCCGACUCUGCAGUGCGGCACAUCUGCCUCUAUUGAGAACGUGGGCGGCGGUGGAAUCUUCCUUGGGCAGAUAACAUUCGGAGAGAUGCAGCACGCGACUACCGUUCUGCGUCUCUAUAAUCUCGAAAUGGACCUUACAAUCAGACAGUCUUUUGAGUUCCCCCCUGCCAAGCCCGUAGCACUAUUGAAAACCCAUCUCUCGCACGUGUAUGAUGGGGUGAUCAUGGCAGUUGUCGACAACGUCAUCGCCCGAUUCUCUAAAUUCCCUAAGAGUGGGGAAGAAUGGGGCUUGCCACUAACUCUCGGCUAG